ACUGAUGAUAAGGAGAAGAAGAUAAUGGAAAUAGCCGUGAAGACCUUCUUCCCGGGUUUAAACUCCAAGCCCUAGCGGCAGCUCGUCUUAGUUCAUCUUCCGCUUCGUCUUCAUCACUUCAUCAGCAUCUUCGUCUCUUCGAUUCUUCCACAGAGUUCAGCCAACGCUGGCAGCUUUGUCUUCCACCCGCCAUCCCUUCGGGAUUCUCUCUAUACAUCGAAGUUUCGAACAAUCUUUGUGAAGGAUCUCUCAUAGUCUCAUUACUUGAUUUUGACAUCUGAAGAAAAUUCUUCUGUUUGCUCUGAUUUUUCCAAUUAUUACUUUAAGCUACUUCGUAGUAUGAGAGUUACUUGCCAUAAAACUGUAACUGAAUCGAAACCGAUCCGGAUAAAUCGGUUAACCGUAGUUAACGGUUUUGGAUUCAUAAAAUACAAAACCGUACUUUCCGGAUUGGUUAUGGUUUGACCUUGAUGGUCCGGUUAACCGGAUUAUGCACAACCCAUCUUUUAGUGACCUGUAUACACUAAACCCUUUUAUAUUCUCUACCAAACAAACACCGAGCCCAGGUCCCAUUUAGUAAAACUGUGCCCUUUUUCAAAUAUUGACGAAGAAGAAGUUUGCUCUCUGAUCCCUAACGCUAUCUCCAUGGCUGCCUUGGCGAAGAUGAUAAUGAUACCAACUGCUUCUCCGGUACGACAUUUUCAACAUUCCAAUUUGAUUUCUUCUAGUUGGAGUUGCUGUCAUGGCCAUGCUUCUCAUUUCCCUCAAAGCAACAACAAAAGCUUAAUUCUUUGUGGUACCCAACAAAACCUUUUCAGCUCGGCCGUCUCUACUAAUAUCCAUUGGAGGGUAUCAAAAUGUGCAUACCAACCCGUGUGUGCUUCUGGGUUAGGUUUGGAGGCAUCAAUUAUAGAUCCGGAGGAUAAGGCAGCAUUAAAUUUGAAAGAUGCAAAGAUAGUUGUGGUGUCUCAAUACGAAAAUGAGCUAGAGCUAAGAGUGGAUUUGAAUGGGGAUGAGACACAAAAAUCAUUUGAUAAGAUUUUGAGAGAGUUGGCUAGUACGGCACCACCAAUUGCAGGAUUUCGAAGGCAAAAAGGAGGGAAAACAACACAGACGGACUCAAGCAUUUGCAGUACUGAUGAUAAGGAGAAGAAGAUAAUGGAAAUAGCCGUGAAGACCUUCCCGGGUUUAAACUCCAAGAUAAUAAGUAGCAGACAAAGAGUUGAUGUUUGUAUCCCAAAAUUUUCUUGUAAAAGGGUAUCCUUUUCUGCUCAAGUGGGACAUAUCACUGGUGGGGUUUGGAGAAGAAGGGAAUGCUGUAGAUUCUCUCAUGCUCUCUGUGCUGUCUUGGCAGGUGCAGAAGAGGUUGAAGUAUCGUCUUCUCAAUUUGAAGACUUCUCAAUUACAUCCACCAGUAUAAAUGAGGGUAAAGAACUAAAGAUAAGCUUAAAUGUGUUUGGUGCCAAAACUCGAGUGAUAUUUGACAAUAUUUUUGACAAGAUGGUUGCCGCAGCCCAGCCAAUUCCAGGCUUUCGAAGAGUAAAAGGAGGAAAGACACCAAAUAUACCUAGAGACAUUUUAUUGGAAAUCCUUGGACCGUCAAGAGUUUACAAGGAAGUAAUCAAGAAAAUCAUCAACACUACUAUAGCGGAAUAUGUUGAGAAGGGAGGGUUGAAAGUCAGCAAAAACUUGAGAGUGGAGCAAAGUUUCGAAGAUCUGGAAGACAAUUUUGAACCUGGUGAAGAUUUCAGCUUUGACGCCGUUGUUCAGCUUCAUGAAACAAAAUGAAGAAUAUGUAGACUUCAGAAAUCACUCCAAUUUUGGGUGCUUUUUGUUGAGCUUAUUGAACAAGUUGGUAUGCUUUAUCCAUGCUGAACUUGAAAGUAUUAAUAUGAUGCACUCUUAGUAGCAGCAGCUUAGAGAGUUGAUGACCGGAACCAAUGCAAAACACAUUUGGUCCUGGAAAUGUAACUUGUAAGUUGGGAAUUCUGCACAGAAAAAAUCAUUGGCAGAUGGAAAGGUUUAGACAUUAUUUUAUUGGUUAA